AUGAUUGAUGAUGCUGAAGCAGAGAUUAAUGCUAUAAGGGAUUAUAGGAUGCUCCGGCGAUGGGCCGCAGCCGCGGCAUCCAGGACUAGAGCGCGAUUGAUCGCUGCCGGGAAGCUCGAAGAAGACGAGGAGGAUGACGAUGCAGGGAAUGCGCGGAAGAAGAGCCGUGGCGAGGAAUUCCGGGAGCUUCAGGAGUUUCUCAGGAUCAUCGAUGCCAGGGACGAGCCAUUCGAUGUGGAUUCCUAUCAGCACGUCUUGCAGCUGUGCACGCGGCUGCGCGCCAUGGCCGAGGGCGCCAGGGUCCACGAUCACAUCCGGCGGAGCCGGAUGGAGGCCGAGCGGUUCGUCGGCAACGAUCUCGUCUUCAUGUACGCGGCAUUUGGCAAUCCAGGCGAGGCACGCCGGAUCUUCGAUGGCCUCGGCAGCCACAACAUCCUCUCCUUCACCGCGAUCAUGCGCGCCUAUGUCACGGCCGGGGAUCCAGACGAGGCGCUCAAGAUUCUCCACCUCGCGCGGCUCAAGGCGUUCAAGGCCGAUCCGCCGAUGCUCGCCAUGGCCGUGGAGGCCGCUGGGAUGAAGCGCGAUCUCUCCCUGGGGCGAUUCUUCCACGACACGAUCCGGCGCUGCGGGUAUGAUCUUGACGCCGGGGUUGCGAUCUCGCUCAUCGGGAUGUAUUCCAAUUGCGGCGAGAUCGAGGCCGCCGUCCAGGCGUUCGAUCGCGUCAAGAGAUUUUACAGGGUCUUGGUGUGGAACGCUUGCCUCGAGGCGUUUGCCAAGAACGGGGAUCUAUCGCGGGCGCUGGGGAUGUUUCGAGUGAUGAUCUUGGAGGGAAUGCCGCUUAAUCCUUCAAGCUUCCGGAUUGCGCUUGGAAUCUGCCGCAGCGCGGAGGAUUUGUCGAUCGGGAGGUUGAUCCACUCGUGCGCUAGCAGCAGCAGCCGUGAUCUCCGCCUCGAUCUGGCAGUGGAGCUCGUGAGGAUGUAUGGAAUUCGCUGUGGAUCUCUCGACGAAGCGGUGGAAAUCUUCCAGAGGAUCCAUAAGAAGGAUCUCCAGGCCUGGAACGCGAUGAACCGGGCUUAUCUCACGCACGGCCACCGGAUCAAGGCGCUCGAGGGAUUCACGCGGAUGUGCUUGAGCAAGAUCGUCCCGGACAGAGAGAGUUUCCUCCUGGCGCUGGAUUCCAGCCCCGGGCUCAAGGAUUGCAAGAUGAUCCACGCGUUGCUGGUGAGGAACCGGGUGGAAAUCUCCGACGCCAUCCGCGAGAAGCUGGUUGCCGCGUAUGGAUCGAGCCGGCCGGGGCGAGAUGGGCAGAGGGCGAUGGCGAAGAUCCACGAGAGAAUCCUUGGCUGGGACAGGGAGAAGCGCGAGGAGGAGAGCUACGUCUUUAGCUUCUUCGACUUCCAGGACUAA